AUGGCUGACAUUUUAUCAUUGAAAGAAUCGGUUCUGGUUUAUUUGGACAGAAGUGGUGGUCUUCAGAAACUUGCGGACGACUGCAGACCUCUAAACGACCCCCAGCAGACCGAGGCAGUCUACAGGUUCAGGGUUCUUGUAAAUCCUUCAGAUUUAAUAGAAAUGGAUCCUAGACUAGGGGACUGUGUUCUGCAUGAUCCCCUCAGAGCGACCGGUCUGUUUCAGUCAGUGUGUUUUUUGGCCAUAAAAACACUUUCACUUACUGACAAAAUACAUACAGCGAGUCAGGUGAAUGUUUCUCUGAAUUUUACACAUCUUCCUCCAUUUCCUGAGUACACGUUGGACCUUAGUGGUUUUCACCAAGUGUACGGUCCUAUGAGGCCCGUCUCCAUGGAGGGGGCAGUCAUUGCCAUAACGAGGGUCAUGAAAUACACCCAGGGGGCAAGAUUCCUUUGUACUGAUGAUGAUUGCCCUGGAUCUACAGGAUUCCACCACAUCCGAGUUCACACACCUGGAGCCACUGAGUCAGCCACGGUGAGAAACGACUUCAGCUGCAUGAUCUGCAGCUCCCAGCUGAGGGAGGAUGUGAAGUUUAGAGUGUUAGGAGACAAACAGCUGGUGGAGCUGAUCCAUGUUGGAGCGUUGGAUGUUCUGAGAGGCCGACAGGAGAGCUCUUUCAGAUACCAAUCUGUCACUCUGUUUCUCAGAGAUGAACUGUGCCACUCGAUGACAAUCGGUCGACUCUACAGGGUGGUAGGCAUCCCUGUGCUUGUGCAUCAGUGGCCGAGCAUUACCUGGAGCAUGGAGGCAAACAGUGUUCAGCCAUGGGAGCCACAUUCUCUCCCUCCAGGCUGCCUUAAAGUGUCCCCCAGAUUCCUGGAGCUGUCGGAGUGCGUGGCUUCUUCUCCUUGGAGGUUCCCCGCCAUCGUCGCUCACUGCUUUGGACUGGACCUGACUCCUCCUGGCUUGUACAACACACUUAAACUGUGUCUGCUGCUCAGCUUGGUGCAGACCAGAACCGAUGCAAACGAUCCCAGUUUGGAUCUCCUGGUGGUCACAGUUGACACACUCGUAUUAGACAGACUAAUGGCAUACAGUUUGAGUCUGGCGUGUCGCGGGGUCAGACAUCAGGCCUCCGCUGAGAUGUUUGCCUCUCUGUCCCGAGAUGAACAUGGAGCAGGAACCGCCAACAUCCACGCUGGCUCUGCACUACUCGCCUCUGGGGGCAUUUGCAUGCUGGGAGAUCUUGGCUUUUACAGAAAGGACAAACUGGACAACAUACAGUCAGUUCUGGAGAGCCGCUUUGUGUCUGUGUUCAUCCCUGGGAAGAAGUACGGAGAGGAAGCUGACCAGCAGCUUUCCUUUCCUGUCCAGUGCAACUUCUGGGCUCUCACUGACUCCUCUCAGCGGUCUGGGAGGGCAGACUCAGCUGUACUGGGAACUGCAGACAUGGGUCCUGUGCAAGCCCAGCUAGCAGAAACGUUUGGCCUCGUCAUUCAGGGUGGAGACAGGGUGGGAGAGCGGGGCGUAGUCGCCCAGGCUGUCCACACCCUCCAGCAGACUGUGCAACCUGGAAGUCACCCUCAUCCAUCUUGCUGGGAUUUUUCCACUGAAGACUACCAGGAGCUCGUGGCUCAUUCUCGUGGUUUGGAAGUGGAGCUCAGCCCCGACGCAAAGAAACUGAUCCAUGGUUACUACAUGGCGAGCCGUCGAGCUCGCACUCAGAGUCAGGGAGUCAAGAUUUCUUUGGCCUCCAUCAAACUGCUGAUCUCUUUGGCCGAGGCUCACUGCAAGCUAUGCCUCAGGACUAAAGUACUGGAGGAAGACGCAGUGAUCGCUGUGCUGCUGUGUGAAAACUCAGUCACUCUCAAGCAUGGGGCCUCUGCCCUGGUUAUCCCCCCUGAUGCAGUUUUUCCUUGUGACUUGGGAGAUGUGGACGGUCUACAAAGGAGAGACGCCGCUCUGGACGAGCUCCACCAGAUCAUCUUGCGCUUUGUCUAUACGUUCGCACCAGGGGCCGAUGCGUAUAUUACAGAGGAGUAACAUCUCUCAAAACUAUUCAGUAAGUGUUCGAGUCAAAUGGGCAAUAUAGGUGGUGGCUAGUAUCAACACGUCGAGUUUGGACAGCUUGGUAUCCGGCGGCACCGACGGU